CAAAACGCAUGGUGCAUGUCAAAAGAGUGUGGCCAUCAAGGUUGGAGGCGCAUGCUCUCGCAGCUGAAUGGAGAAACCGCGAGAGCCGCGCCGGACUAUCAGCAAGCAGUCUGGUUGACGAGCGGGCGACCCGCGCGCGGUCCCCUCGGCUUAUCGGCAACCACGGUGCCAUACUGCUGUCUCGGCAACUGCUGCUACCGCGGCUGUGGCAGCAACAAUUCUGCGGAAACCGGGGACGGCCUCCUGUCCGCGGUGUCGCCGCCGGCCGUGGCCCUUCAGCAACGGCCGCGAAUCGCUGUGGGGACCGGCGGCUCCAAGGUGCGGCCCAAGGGGCCCGCCCGACACCAUGCGCGCCUCCAUCUCGGACAACGCAAAAGUCCGCACUUACGUGUGGAGGUCGAGGCCGACCGUCCUACAGGGAGGAUGACGGCGGAAACGGCCCCCAACGCUGUGGUGGCGGGGGCAGAGGGUGGCGGAGGUGGAGCACACCAACAUGCCACCUCCAAGACGCCGCUUCUCUAUUACGACCCAGAAUGUGCAAGGGUCGAGGCUUGGCUUGAUGAGCAUCCAGAAUUCAUGCAGGAUUACUUCAUUAGGAAAGCGACGCGACAAGUUGUCGAUUCAUGGCUUGUGACGCACGCGACAUCAACGUCUUCCAUGACGCAGGCAAACGCAGCCGACUCGCCAACGCAGCCGACGGGGUCGCGCGGUGGCAGUGGCGCCACCACACCUGUGCGCAAAAUCUCAGCGCACGAGUUUGAGCGCGGCGGCCUGCUGAAGCCGAUCGUGACCACAAUCGACGGCACGCCGACCUUUCUGGUGACGCCGAAUGCCGACAGCACGAGCAACUGCUCGUCGACGCACCACAUCGCCACCAACAACAACCUGCACAACUCGAACGUCGCACCGGCAGGGCAGCGACGGUCGCGCUUCGAACUACGCCACCUGGACGAGAAGGAAAUCAUCUUCGAGCUGGUCAAAGACAUCUGCAACGAACUGGACGUGCGCAGCCUGUGCCACAAAAUCCUGCAGAACGUGAGCAUGCUGCUGAGGGCGGACAGGGGUUCCCUGUUCCUGGUGCAGGGCAACGCCAGUUGCGGCACAAGGUGCCUCGUGUCAAAACUGUUUGAUGUGUGCUCGCGCUCCACGCUCGAGGAAAUGGAAAAGAAGGACGAGAUCAAGAUUCAGUGGGGUCAUGGGAUCGUGGGUUUUGUCGCUGAAAGUGGAGAGCCUGUCAACAUCCCAGACGCGUACAAGGAUAACAGAUUCAACCAUGACAUAGACCUAAUGACUGGCUACAGAACACGAACCCUUCUGUGUAUGCCGAUAAAAGACUGUAACGGCGAGGUUAUUGGAGUUGCGCAGGUCAUAAACAAGCAAACCGACUCCUGUUUCACUGCCAACGACGAGAAAAUUUUCGCCAGCUACCUCCAGUUCUGCGGCAUCGGGCUCAGGAACGCUCAGCUGUAUGAAACGAGUCAACUGGAAGUCAAGCGCAAUCAGGUUUUGCUAGACUUGGCUCGCAUGAUCUUCGAGGAGCAGAGUACAAUUGAGCACAUGGUCUAUCGCAUCCUCACCCACACACAGUCUCUAAUCCAGUGCCAGCGAGUUCAGGUACUGUUACUCCACCAAGCCUCUAAAGGCAGCAGUUUUUCCCGCGUGUUUGAUCUCGAAGCUGGUGAUAUGGAGUGCGAGGACGUCGACUCAAGGACGAGUCCAUUUGAAAGCAGAUUUCCAAUAAAUAUUGGUGUGACUGGAUUUGUAGCAACAACUGGAGAGAUUUUAAAUAUAGCAGAUGUCUACAAUAACGAGCGCUUCGACAGAUCUGUUGAUGAAGGGACCAAUUUCAAGCACAAAAGCAUUCUCUGCAUGCCUAUAAAAAAUUCAUCAGGACAAAUAAUAGGAGUCAUACAGCUCGUAAAUAAGUUUGAUGACUUAGCAUUUACCAGGAAUGAUGAAAACUUUGUUGAAGCCUUCUCGAUAUUUUGUGGAAUGGGUAUUCACAACACACACAUGUAUGAAAAGGCUGUGGUUGCUAUGGCCAAGCAGAGCGUUACCCUAGAAGUCCUAAGUUAUCACGCAUCAGCAUCUCUUGAAGAGGCAAUCAGACUUAAAAGCUACGUUGUACCUUCCAGUAAAAAAUUACACCUGCUCGAUUUUACAUUCGACGACAUUGAUAUGUCGGACGAUGAUACUCUUAAGGCGUGUUUGCGCAUGUUCAUGGAUCUCGACCUUAUCGAAAGGUUUCACAUUGAUUAUGAGGUACUGUGCAGGUGGCUUUCCUCUGUAAAGAAGAACUACAGAAAUGUCACGUACCACAACUGGAGGCACGCAUUCAAUGUUGCUCAAAUGAUGUUUUCCAUAAUCUCUACUACUCAAUGGUGGAAAAUAUUUGGCGAAAUUGAAUGUCUGGCUCUCGUCAUUGCCUGCCUUUGUCAUGACCUAGACCACAGAGGGACCAAUAAUUCCUUUCAAAUUAAAGCCUCAUCGCCUUUGGCGCAACUUUACUCUACCUCUACCAUGGAGCACCACCACUUUGACCAGUGCAUAAUGAUUUUAAAUAGUCCAGGCAAUCAAAUUUUGUCAAAUCUUUCGUCAGAAGAAUACUCAAGGGUCGUUAAGGUAUUAGAAGAUGCCAUUCUUUCCACAGAUCUAGCCGUAUACUUUAGAAAACGAGGCCUAUUUUUCAACGUUGUUCGAGGACGAGACAAGAACUGGGUGCACGAAGAUCAACGAGAGCUGUUGCGAGGAAUGACCAUGACAGUUUGUGAUUUGGCAGCCAUCACCAAGCCGUGGGAAGUUGAAAAAAGGGUCGCAGACUUAGUAUCCAGUGAGUUCUUUGAGCAAGGCGACAUUGAAAGGCAGGAACUGAAUAUUACACCAAUAGAUAUGAUGAAUAGAGAGAAAGAAGACCAACUUCCACUCAUGCAGGUUGCUUUCAUUGAUUCCAUUUGUAUGCCAAUUUACGAGGCGUUUGCUGACCUUUCCCCAGAGCUACGGCCUCUUGUAGAGAGAGUCAGAGAAAACAAGAUGCAUUGGUUAGAAAUGUCAGAGUUAAAUAUGACUCAAAAACGUAAAGUGAUAGAUGGUGAAGACAGCCGCCAGUGACACUACAGUGCUUAUAUUUAUUUAAAAAAAUUUACUACAACUGUUGGCGACAUGUUAAAGAAAACUCUCACCUAAAAGGAGAAAGAGUGCAAUGAUUUUGUGUAAGAGACAAAACCCCAUUGUGUACUUUUAUCUGCAGUGUUAGUGAGCAGAUUUGUGAAAUUAUUUGAUGUGUACCAUUCAAUCUCCAAUUCUCUUUGUUUCAUAUAGAGAAGUUCUGUGGAUACAUUUUAAAUGUAUUUUUGUGCUUUAAAAUAUGAUAAUACUUGAAGAAAAUCUCUUGUUGAU